AUGAAUAUUAUGGAACAGUUGACUGACAAGGAGAACUGGCACAAUAUGAUCUUCAACGACGAGAUUGUGAAUCAGUGGCGGAAAGAAGCGCUCGAGCAGCCGAAUCGGGUUUACUGGAAGCAAGCUACUGAUAAUAAAGGAGCAGAUGCUUGUAUUGACUACCUACCACGGCCGCCUGGGAUCAUGGAUGUUCCUACUUUCGACUAUUGCGUCAAAGAGCUUCGGAAUAAGGCAAAGUACUAUGUAGAGACUGGCAUAAUUCCUACUCUUGAGGCAUCUGCAGCCGUUGCAAAGUCAGACGUACUGGUUUCAGUAAGCCUCCAGGCUGAAUUACAGAAAGCCUUCAAUAAGCUCAAGCUGGAUCAAAGCUCGAGACCCAACUGGCACCCAAAACCCAACGACCAAUUGUUGGAUCUUGUGCAUCCGUCCAUGUAUCCUCUGGUAUACGGACGGACCAGAGUGCUUCAAGACGAGGUUGUCGGUACUACUGAUGCGAUCAACAAGUGGGCGGGAAAAGGAGAAGCCAUCGCCAAGGACACCAGGAAUCCUAGUCUCGAAGAGCAUCGAUAUUUACCGCCGGUCCCGUAUUGGUCCAACACGUACCAAUGGCUUCCCGCCAAUGUGAAAUUCAUGGAGGACGGGACUGUCAAGUUUACGAGCUACAUCAAUAACUUGCAUCCUCAAAAGUACCCGCAAAUAUACCGCACCAUUGAGAAGCUUGUUGAAGCCGCCCUUCCGGCCUGGGAUCAGUGUCUGUUACUACCACUCAAAGGUGGAACAAAAAGUGGUGCUGGACGCACUGAGCCUCGGUUCCCGAAGCAGGAUCUGUGUGACGAGGUCUCGGGUAUCUGGGACCCCUCUAGCCCUCCGCCGCUAGAUGAUGUUGAUGAAGACGAUGGCGAAGACGGCAAUGAAGACGAUGAUGAAUCCGAUGAUGAAUCCGAAGAAGAAGAAGAGGAAGAAGAGGAAGAAGAAGAUGAUGAUGAAGAUCCGGCUAUUCGCGAAUGGAAAGAAACGCGAAACCCAGUGCAUCCCCGUGUGCCUGAGUUCGAGGAUAUUGACUAUACCCCGCGUGACAAUAUUCGCCUCGCCAAUAAAUUCAGGAAGACGGGCCUUCAAGUCAUAGUCAAAAUGGUUUCUAUUGAGCUCACACCAGAGAAACCAGAAUUUCCCGCUGGGGAGUGGCACGUUGAUGGACAGAUGAACGAACACAUCUGCGCUACAGCGCUAUAUUGUGUGGAUAGCGAAAAUAUUGCGCCUAGCGAUAUCCAUUUCCGAAUGCAAACGUUGCCAUACAUUGGCAAUGACUAUAAGACCAUUACAAACAAUACUUGCUCCUGGUUGGAGCGCACUCACGGAACGAGACUCAGGAUAUUCGGGGGGGCACAAUGUCUUCAGAUGUACGGAGCCGUACAAAUGCAGGAGGGUCGUCUGUUGACAUAUCCAAACGUAUUCCAGCAUAAAGAAUCUUCAAUCAAGCUAAAAGACCCCAGCAAGCCAGGAACCAGACAUCUCAUCUCGCUACGACUUGUUGACCCCAGUAUGCGAAUCAUUUCUACGGCCAACGUUCCGCCACAGCAGCGUAACUGGUGGCUUGACGCAGUUUCGAGACAACCUCUUUACUCCGACGGCUCUACGCUAGCAAACCUGCCGCCUGAUCUUGUCGCGAUACUGGAACAGAAAUAUGUCUCUGGUGGAGAGCUGCCUGUUGAAAUCUUGGACAUGGUACGAGCCCACUUAUACAAUAACGAGUCCUUUCUGCCGAUGAUGGAGGAAGAAGCCAGAAAACAUCGGGCCGAGCUAUUGCAAGAGCGCAUCGAACACCAUACUCGAGCCUGGCUUUCGUGGGAUGAUACACAUUAUUAUCAUUUUCGUGACUAG